AUGUUUAACGAUGAAUCACAAGAAGCUGUAGAAUUUCUUUCUUCUUGGAAAACUGAAAGGUAAGGUUCAUUAAUUUGCCGGGAUAUUAAGGUAGUAAGGUUUUUGAUCGGUUAUCAUUCCAAGAUCUCCCGUCCACCAAAGUACCAAAAGUUUUUUUUUUCUACAGCAAAAGAGCACUAGUGCUCUAAUCACAACUUGGCACAAUGUUGCUGACCCUUCGUAGGGUCCAACUCUGCAUAUGUAAGUUUAAUUUAAAACCAAGGAUACAUGACAGUGCCCUAACCGUGGGGAUGGGGGGAAGUAAGAUUUUUUAUCCCCAACCCCACCCCCCUCUCAAAAUAGAUGGCUCGAAUCGGAACCCCACAAUUUUUUGUGUGGAAAUCCAACAGGUUAACCUUUAGUCAACACAAUCAUAAAAAAAUGUCUGGAAGGGGGCAAAUUUCAUUGGCAUCUUUGAACAAAGAGUCCAAAACUCCCAAGACAUUAAAAAUGUGCUAGGAGAGUGCUGAUAAAAUAUGGAAUAUCCCAAAGGAGUUCCAAUACUAUAUAGCUAUCUGCGUUAUAAGUCAGACUUUAAGAUAUAAGAUAAGAUGAGAUAUUUUAUUGAUUUUAUAUUAUUUAUGGCACUAAAACUAUAUACAUAUCCUAAUGGCCGAUAAAGGCUGUCAAACACUAACGCAUAACAUCCAUAACAAACUGUGCACCCAAACAAAAGGAAAAUAAAAAACCCCAAUCACUGUGAAAGGAAUUGGUUCAUUGAGAAAAUGCCAAAUAAAAUAAAAAGGUCUUUAGAGCCGGCUUAAACCCUGAACACUCUGUAUACUCGUGAUAGCUGAAGGAAGAGUGUUCCACAGUUACUGGCCAACGCAUACACAAGUGAAGGCCUUGUCCCCAAGGGUCUUGCACUGUGUUUUGGGGACCUUUAAUUCAUAGCUGGUAUUGGAUCUUAAAUUGUUAGCACUACUCUACUUGAAACUUAGAAGCUUUUUCAGGUAGACAUAAGGGGUAGCACAUCAAACAAAGUGCAUGAUCGUCUUCUUACUGGCUGGGGCAGUAAGAAGACGAUCAUGCACAUUGUUUGUUGGGUGUUCUGCAGUUGUUUGACCCCUUUUUACGUGUAUUCACAAUUUAAUUUUUUAUAAAAUUGUUUUAAUUUACAGAUCCAUUAAAGAUGCUGUUGCACAAACUAGUGAGAUUCUAACUUAUGAGGCUGAUUUUCAGUCCAUUCACAAAGCAGAUAAAGAGGUCAGUGAUGAACUUGCUUACAAUAUUUUCAACUUCUAAUAAAGAAUAAUUUUAUUAUUUUCAUUAACCAUUCUUUUGGACAUUUAUAUUUGUUACACAUGUUUAUUUUCUUGUUUAUAUAAUUGUUGACUAAUAUAAGCAUCUUCCUGUGUAUGUUGUGAAUUUGACUGUGUUUUACCAAUUGAUGUUUGGGUGGCCUUGAAUGAGAUCACUGGAAUUUAAGUUUUGCUCAUAAGAAAAAGGGUCAUUCAUUCAUUCACCAAAACUACAUAAAUAAGAGGCCACACUCCUACAGGUGUUUUUGAGGAUCCUAAGGGUACCUUUAAAAAGUGGGAUUAAGGAUAUCAGAGGAACAUUGACAGAAAGUAUUUACAGCAUGUAGCAUUAAUUUGUUUAUUACAGGCUCAAACUGAGGAAGAAGAUGAGAAAGGAAAACUUGUCUUUAUUUGUGAGGAAGAGACUCAGGUGAGAAGAAUUCAUAAUUAUAAUUUAAUCAACAAAUUAAUUUAUAGCUUUAUUGCAAUUAGGCCAGGGGAACAAUCCCUUUUGAAAGUGAUGGGUGGGGCAGGAGUGCUUGUUAUCUUGGUUAGGGGUGUAAAUUGCAGAUUUAGGACUUGAUCUUCAUGUUCUCUUGCACAUAUAAACCUUUGAUACACUCCCUCUAUCUACUCCUGUCUGUAAUGACUACCCUCACCUCCUGUCUUGUUGUCCUUGGUGUAUUCAUUUUCAAUGUCUCACGAUGCACAGAGGAGAACUGCACUGUAGGGGUUCACCCUAGUUCUCUUGCGGAGCUGUUUGGAGCUCCAAACCUUCCUUAACCUAUUGAAAGUGGCUUUAGCUUUACUCAACCAGCUUUCCAUAUCUUUAUCGGUCCCACCAUCGUUGUUUGAGUGUAGCUCUAAAUAUAACACAUAAUCCCUGUCUUCUUCAAAUCAACUAAUAAUUUGUGAAAUUUUCUUCAAUUUGUCUUCAUUUUGCCAAUAAAUUGUAGGCAGGGCAAAUGCAUCAGUGUGAAGCCAUUUAAACUGCCCCUGGGCCCUCAAUAACAUUUCCCUCCCCACUGUAAAAUACCACCAGGCUCUAAAUCUUUACUCGUUAUGGGUAGAAGAGUGGGUUCUUUUACAUCCCUUUUAAAUUUAGUUAGAAGGUUCAAGGAUUGAACAAGGCCAACAGCUUAAUGCCGUUGCUCAAUAACAAAAUUAGCUGAACUGAAACAGUGUCUCAAAUCAAAGUGAGCAAGAUCAUUCCCAGCUUUUUGUAGUUCUAAACUGGUUUGUGGUAGUCAAGUGGGGUUCAAACCUGCUCAGCAAAUGGUGCUCUUUCCACUACGGUUUACUCUAGAGCCAGUCCGAAGAGUUCAGGGCUGUCAAAAAGUUUUGAAGUAGCAGGCUGAUGAUGAAUAGUAGGCGCCUGUGGAACUCGCACCAAAGGCACAAGUUAUUGUCGGCCGAGGCAUCUAGGGACAUUUUGAAAAACAGAGUCUUGGAAAUGGCAUUUCCAGGAGUUUUCAAGAGGUGUUCUCCACCUCGAACACCAUGUUGUUUCAUCAGAAUACACGCAAGCCUGGAAACAAUGCCAUUCCAGGCGUUAAAAGACAUUGCACAAUUCAAACCUUCCACAGGUCUAAACCAGUGUUAGAAUAUGCAUUCAAUUUCAUUCAAAACUAGGAAAGGGAAAUGGAUGCUUUACAAUUUUAUUGGAAGGUGCUUAUUUUUUGUUAGCAGUUAUGGUAGAAGGAGAUGAAAGUAGCUGGCUAAGGAUAGCUAACUAGCCGGCGGUUUUGGCCAGCUACCAGCCCUUAUUGACAGCCCUGAGAGUUAAGGGAGUAUUAUCAAUGUUAUUAAUAUACAGUGUACCAAGACUCACAUUUUUAUGCUUUUUUUAACAGGGUCUGAUCAAUUUCCUUCAGAGAGUGUUCCCUGACCUCAGUCACCAGCUUCAGCUUAACACAACAAGUCAUGCAUUUGAUGGUACAGUAUGGAUCCUCCCCUUAUUGUUUACAUUUUUUCCAUGAUCUACUUUCGAAACAACAUAUUCAUUCAUUAAUUUUAUUUUAAGACUGUUAGUCCAGUGGAAACAGACAGGGAAUGGAACAUUUGGCACUUUAGAAAUGAGAAGAGAACUGGAGCAGAAAUGCAUCCCAUAAUAAUAAUAAACGACUGUUUAACUGUGACAAUAGACAGUUCAAAAUGCGCCAAUGACAUUACGCGUCUUCAUAGCCAAUAACAUCAUGGCUUAAUUAUUGUUUCUGGGUUCCUUACUGGAGACGCACUGGUCAGCUAUUGGCCAGUGUUUUCCUUGUCGCGAGUGACAGUCCCAGAAUUCAUAAGAAGGUUGAGUAUGAUAGUCCGGGUAAACGUAGUCCUAAAUAGGACUUUUGUUAUUGACAGUGUUUGACGUUUCAAAAACCUGUGCAAUAGUCAUCUUCUUAGUCAAAGUGAGUUGUAUCACGUUAGUUGAUGGUAUUAAACUCUGGUUAUUGACCAAAUUGGUCAUUUAAGUGGCAACGAAAUUGGUCGUCUGUCAGUUAAGCCGUGAUGUUGUUGGCUAUGAAGACUCAUAAUGUCGUUGGUGCGUUUCGAUUCGUCUAUUGUCACAGUUACACAGUUAUUUAUUGUUAGUUAAAUUGUCAGUUGUCCAGUCAUUAUCUCAUAGUUAGUUUUGCUUGAUUCUGUCAACAAGUCAUUUGUACGGUGUUGUUGUUGUUGUUGACUAUGAUUCAGUGGCAUUUGUUCUAAGUUUGUUCUUUGCCAAAUUAACUCCACCCAAAUUUCUUCUUGGUUUAACUUGUUUGGGCAAUUUCAUUAUUUUGUGUUGUUUUAAUCUCUAAUUUUCGUACGUUAGGAUUUGAAGUCAGUUUAGAAGAAUCAGCCAGCUCAGUAUCAUGUAUUCAUACCUUAACAAAUGCGAAUUUGAUUGAAGAAGAGGUAAUAAAAAUAAACUGUACAUGUAAAGUAAUUUUAUUUCAUGGCUGUGCAUUUAUGUAGGUUAAAUUAAUCUGUUCUAAGUUUGAAACAGUAUUCAACUUAUUAAAGGUAACUUUUUGCAAGUCCUGGCGAACUUAAUUAAAUCCUGAUUUGUACUACACUAUUUCUUCUUAUAAUUGCCUUAAGGAAGUUUGCUACUUUGUACCCUUUGCUAAUUGCUUCACCAUUUCAUUCUAUCAUUUUCUUUUGUAGGUUAACUAACAUUUUCUCUUAGGUCAUCAUUUUCAUUUUUAUAUAUAAUAUUCUCAUAUCCUUAUCUCUUGGGGACUUAGUAUUGAUAUCGUUAGGUGAAAAUUGAUACUCAGUCACCCUGGGGACUUUGUAAGCAUUAUGUAAUACUAUUAUUUUGUUUUCAGCUGCAAGUGACUGGCUUGUCAUGGAAUUCUACUGGAUCUGUAAUUGCUGCUUCGUAUCCUUCUACAACAUUUUAAUUAUUUGAGAAAGAUUUUUUCAAUCAGAGACACAGGGGCCUUGGAAGAAAAAAUUUGAAUUCUAUCAGUAGGAGUCAAAGCUAUGACGUUCUAAUUACUAUUCAUGAUGCUGUGCAACUAAGCUACAGGAGACUCCUGGGAGCUAAGGCCACUAAAGGACAUUUUAAUACCAGUAGUCCAAGACAUAAAAUAUAUCCAAAGGUGGAUUUUACCAAAUUUUCCAGUUAUAACUUGAUAUUUUUUUAAUUGUCCAUUUCUUGUACUGGGUGUGAAUAUUGACUUUACCUGUCUUUUCCUCAUUUUGAGUAGUGCAAACUUGACAAUACCACUGUAGAUAUGGGAGAUUUGACCAUGAGGACUGGUGUACUCACAAAUCUACACUUUGCACGUGGAACAUUGACAGAAAAGCUCUUGAUCCAAACAAACCUGAUGCUAACAUAGACUUGUCAGUAAGUAACUUCCUUUGCAGUUCAGAUGGCGUUAAAAGUUUCUUGAAAAAUGCCUUAUUAAAAUAAGUGAUUCUUCAAUAAUUUUUUUAGUCCUGUAAUGACUUUCCUCCCUUCCCUUCCAGUGUUGGGCAACAAAAUGUGACUUUUUUUUAGUUGUUGUUAAAAAUUUAUCGAAUUAUUUAUAAAACCAUUAUGUACUGGUUGUUGUCACUUUUUUCAGAGCUGUUUGAUGUGUAUUACAUUUCACCCUAAACUGCCGUCAGUCAUAGCCGGAGGAACAUUUAACGGUUAGUCUUGAUGCACCAAACGAUAAAAAUUUAGAUUAUUAUAUUGUUUUGGGUUACCACCGACAGGCAUAUGCAGAAUUCGAAAAAAGUCCUAUUCAAUAGUGUAGGAAAAGUCUAUGUUUUUGCUCGGUAAGUAACAUGUAAAGCUCACUUGCCCAAUGGACAAGGGUGCAAGCUAGUCAUCUUCUAACCAAAUCGUUAAGUUAAACUAAGAUGAGCAAGAAGUGGCCCUGGGCAUUAGCAAAAUGUGAGAGCUGCUUGCUUAAAGCACAAGCUGGGAUUCAAGUCUUGUUUGAGCCCAGAUAUGACCCAUAUCCAUCUUGUGUUUCCUUUUUCGUAAUUAAUUUUCUUGAAUGUGUUAAUAAAAGUUUACGUGUUUUCUGUAGCUGUAAAUUUUUUAACAUACUCUUUGAAUGAUUUUCAGGUGAAGUGCAAGUUUGGGACAUGGGAAGAGAAGAUGACACUCUUAUUGCUACAUCUGGGAUGGGAUCAGAUUCACACCGUGAACCAGUCACCAAGGUAAAAUAAUUUAUGUGGUAAUAUUUAAAGUAAUGCUGGGAUUCUGUUUCCAUAUGCAACUGACAGUCCUGUUGCCUGCAUUGGUGGUGUUUGAGGAGGAAGGUGAUCAAAAGAAAAUCUAGGUGCUCUGGAGUGCAAAUGGUGAGCUUGUUACGCCGCAAAAUGUAACAAUUGACGCAAAAUGUAACAUUAACGCAAAAUGUAACAACUUUUGACGCGAAAUGUAACAUUAACCCGAAAUGUAACAACUUUUGACGCAAAAUGCAACAACUUUUUAAUGCGAAAUGUAACAACUUUUUGACGCAAAAAGAAACAAUAUUUUUAACGCGAUAUGUAACAAGCAAAAUGUUACAGCCUUGAAAUAACUGAGAGACUCGGACAUGAGCCUUGUAGAUAAAGCGUAAAUUGUCUGGCGGUUACAAAAACAGUUUAUUUAUAACGUUUUCUUAAUAACGUCAAAUAAACUUACAAAACGUUUUCCCAUAAUAGUAACUAAACCCUGAAACAGUCGAACGAAUUGUUGUUUAGUAUAUCUUUCUGUACAUAUGUGUGUCGACGCUGAAAAGAAAGUUGGCGUUACAACAUCCAGGACGUAUCAGAUGGGUUAGGAUUGUACAUUUUUAGCAUACUCCCUCUAGGGAGUUAAGGCCGUAUGAAAUCGAGGCGAGUAUCGAUUACUGAUCAUUCUUUUCACACUUUCAUCGAUUGAGGACGCUUUCUGUUUAUAUCCGACGCUGUCUGUUUUUACCCACCUCCUCCCCUUUUUCCUAAAAGGAAAGUGUAGCGGAGCAGUCAUCCGAUUGCGUGAGAUAAUCAACAGUGUUUUAAAAUGGGCGUUGGCAUGGUUAAGUUUUAAGGCAGCAGGACUGGGUUGGUAUGAAAUUUCUCACAUUUACGGGAAGUCCGGCAAGAAAUGAGAAAUUUCAUAUCUAUCUUAUUGACUACGUUCAGAAAGAUUACCCUUCUUAACUUUUACUUUUAACUUGCAUUUCAAUUGCUGAUUGGUGCGUGUUUCCUACGGUGUUAUUGUUCACAUUUCUAGUCAUAUUCUUUUCGCAUAGCUUGGGAUAUUUUCCAUACAUUAUGUUUAAUAAGUUAGCGUUGUUGUUAUUGUCCAUACUGCUAUUCCAAGGAUAUACAUGACUUGUAACUUUAUCACCUGUUUUACGAUCUUUUGUAAGUUUAUUUGACUUAUAAGAAAACUUUAUGAAUAAAAUGUUUUUGUAACCACCAGACAAUUUACACUUUAUGUACAAGGCUCAUGUCCAAGUCUCUCAGUUUUUUCAAGGCUGUAACAUUUUGCUUGUUACAUUUCCCGUUAAAAAUAUUGUUUCAUUUUGCGUCAAAAAGUUGUUACAUUUCGCGUUAAAAAGUUGUUAUAUUUUGCGUCAGAAGUUGUUACAUUUCGGGUUAAUGUUACAUUUCGCGUCAAAAGUUGUUACAUUUCGCGUUAAUGUUACAUUUUGCGUCAAUUGUUACAUUUUGCGGCGUAACAGAGCUAGCUUCCUUGCUUUCCCUUCUCACGCAACUGAAUUCCCCCUUUUCUCUCUUUUUUUAAAAUGCUUGCCAUGUAAGCUAGCACUCCAUUGGCAAGUUAGAUGUAAAUGUGAAAAAAAUUAGGUAAAGACAAUAGGAUAAUGGUCUAUUGAAGUUACAAGAGUUUUCUGUGUCUCUAUAAUUAUAAUACUCUGUUCUGUGUCUGUUUCGUGCUCUUAUUGUGUAUUAUUAUUCAUUCAAAAUAUUUCCUCGAUUCUGAUUGGCUAAAAGCACACGUUUAAUUCACCAUAACCAGUUACUGAUGACCAAAUUUGGAAGAAAUUUGACUUUAACGAGGAAAUGACAUCAAAAAUGCAGCGUUCGUGCAGGUUAAGGCACUGUUAACCGAGAGGACCUGGGGACGAGGUUGAGUUGUUUUGGUUGUGAACUUGAAAAAAAUGGCGGACAUUUCACUCGUUUCAAGAGUAAGAACUAGGCGAAAAAAUAGCUAAAAACAUGGCAAGAACAGCAAGAAGACAACUCGAAGGGCAACAUCUGCUAUUUGGAGAAUAUUUGCGGAGCUGGACAAACCUAAACGUACACUAUCGAAGAUGAACUCAACAUCCAUGGAUUGAUGGAGGUAAGCAUGUUUUAGCUAUGUUUUUAAACUAGGAAUUAUUUUGAAUGAAUAAUAAAACAGUUAUUGAAUUCGGCUUUCGUAUCAUAUGAAGAAUUAUGGAGAUCUCGGAGGGUGUUAUCCGCCUCGGCCUACGGCCUCGACGGAUAACACCCUCCUCGACUUCCAUAAUUCUUCAUAAGAUACUCAGCCUCAUUCAUUAACUGUUAAAUAUCUUGCCUGGUUCUUGUAGGAUUUGCAUAUAUCGCAUCCAUUCACUUACUUCACCUAGAAUGUAGAAAGUAAAAGGUUCAUGGUCCAUUUUUCUGUCUCUUGCAUUCAUUUGCCACUGUUCUUUUUAGCAAUUUAAAGGUCAGUCCCCAUCUUUUUUCAAACAAUAUCUAGAAUGCUACAAGAGUGCAUAUUUAGGUGUUAAUGGAAUCAGUUUCAUCAAAACCAUUGUCUUUUAUUGUGUUAGGUCCUGUGGACGUUGGACACCAGUUCUAAAGCAAGCAAGUAUCAGGUAGAAGAUUUUGCUGGAAAGAUAGAAUCUUUUUGUUGUUGUUGUUGUUUUUUUUUUUCCAUGAAGGGGCAGGGGUGGGGCAGAGAGCAUUGACCUCCUGAACUGAAAUAUAUUUUAUGGUGUGGCUUAGUUCUUUUCAAAAUUGUCUACCAAAACAUCAUGAAAUUGUGAUAUCUUCAUAUCACAAGCCCCUGCUCAACCCUCAGCACUCUAAGGCAAAUUCCCUAAAAUUUUCUCAAUAUACUGCUAACCCUUGCUGGUUUUGUAAAAUGAUGUUUCAACUUGCUUUACUUGUCCUAGGUCCUCAGCAUAAGUGGAGAUGGCAAGUUGCUCAUCUGGCAACUGUCACCUGGAUCACAUGACCUCAAACUGGUCAGUGGAUUCAUCUUACAGACAGAGAGUGUUCCUCGCAGCAUGCGCUUGAGCAAAGCCCGUGGUGAUGCAGAAAUGGGAGGUACUGUACUCUUCUGGUGAUAAAUUACUUUGUGUGUAGCGACACUCAUGUUGACGUGACCUAUUGAUAUUAAUGUAUCUCUAGUCUGAAAAAAGCCACUCUCAUUUUUUGGCUGAUUUUCUAUUACCGGUUGGCUUUGUUCACAUGGCACUGGACAAAUUUGAGACUGUUUGAAAAUUUGUCCAUUUAGGUGUUAUGUUUACACAGAACCAAGAUUUAGAUGCCUAGCCAUUCAAAGUUCCAUGUGAACAGAGCAAAAAUAUUGAACAGUCCCGUGUGAGCAAAGUGUCCCAUCAAAUUUAAAUUCAACUGGUCAAAAAUUCUUCCAGUGCCGUUUGAACAUAACGUAGCUUACUUAUCAUUUUUAUAGUCUCCAUGUCUAUCACUCUCACUCACUCUGCAUACUGUAUAUUAAAUUUCUCUUGUUUUUUUUCCUCAAUUUCCAGUGACAAGCAUGUCUUUUUCUCAUGAAGAUCGCAGUCUGUUUGUGUUAGGAUCAGAGGCAGGGGGUGUAUUCAAAUGCUCCAUGACCUCAAGGGGUCCUCCUCUAACAAGUAAGUUACCUGCAGCCUAAACCAUAAAUUAGCCCACUCAGAAAUGAGAAUGUCUCCUUUGGCUUGUUUCACCAAUAGUCAGCAGAUUUCUGUUUGCACUAUUUAUUCUCAUAAAACCUCCAUGUGAGCAGUGAGCCCCAGCAAAGCGGCACAAGCACUGAGUCCCAAGCAGUGGGUGGGGUUGGAUUAUUUAUUUAUUUUAUUUGUUUAUUUUAUUUCUUUUUUUUUUUUUCAUUUUUUUCAUGUACUCAAUUUCAAUUUCAGGGCAGGAAAUAUGACUUAACUGAGUGUUUUAGCCUGAAUAAGGUGUUCAAAAAGGGGUCGAAGAAUGCCGAUUUAUCGAAUAAAUCUUAGUCCUUAAAAAAUAUAAUUUGUCCUUGAAAAGUCCACCAAAAGUCAUUAAAAAUUAUUUUUCUGAAGUUAUAUGAACCAUGCCUAUAGCUGAGACGUUAGAGUGUCUAACCGGUAACUGGCAGGUCAUGCAUUCAAUUCCUGCUGAGGGCUCACAUUUUUUUUUCCGAGCAUUUCUUCACAUAGUUCACAUCUACUUCAGCUUGAAAAUCGCUGGUCUAUUUUGCACCCAACUAGACGCUAAAAGAGCCUUUGUGACCUGUGGCACAACCAGACUGGCUGCACCGUCCUUUACUCAUUGAGGAACGUAUUUAUCUCCUUUGCAAAGUCAUUUCCCCUUGUACGUAGACAUUUUUUUGUUGUUGUUGUAAUUAUGUUUUUGCGAUAUCAUUGUUAUUAUUUCAGACACACACAGUUCAGUGCCGCUACGUUCUCCGGUAACCUUCGCAUUCUCUCCUCAUUUUGGUCCCGUGUUUUCUGUGGAUUGUUCACCUUAUCAUAGGAAUCUUUUCCUCACGUGUGGUACAGACGCGUCUGUCAGACUCUACUCCAUGCUACAGGUCAGCAAUUGUAUGUUUCCCUUGUGUAAGCGUAGGUUAAAUCCCUUCUGUCUUUUCUAUACUAAGACGUUUCAAAGUGCGCGGAUUUUGCUUUAAGCAAACCAGUUACAUGUAUGGUUAGUUGACCAUGCAUCGUUCAGUUCCAUGGACAUGUGCACGACGGACCUUUAGAUUCGAGACGAGGAAAUGCUUUCGUUUCGUCCGAAAGUCGAUUCACCCGACGGCGUUCGCAAGGACAUUGGUCGAUUCGCCCGAUGGCAUACAACACUCUACAACGUGGUGAAAAUACCUUUAGAGGUGUUAUUUUAGUUACCCUAGGAUUCCACAUGAGCAGUCACUGUCUUUCCAUGCAUAUUCCCUUUUUUCAGGCUUAAAGAACGACAAAUAUGCUUCGGGCGAAUUGACUUAGUCUGGGCGAACUUCUAUUGGGCGAAACGACCUGAUACUCAGACGAGGACGACCACGCGGACGAGACUUGAAUUCAAGUUUUUUCGCGUUUUCCCAAAAAAUAGACACCCUGGAAAGCCUUUUGUUACUUCUUCUCUACAGAAAAGUUAACCAAGUUCAACUGCAGUUUUCGACUUUACCUUGCGAGUUCUGGUUAAAGGGCCCAAGACUUAACAACUUGUACAAGACUUUUUUUCCACUGCCAUUGUUUUCACUACAUAAACUUAGAACUAAGUGGUCCAAACCAGGUCAAAUAUGUGGGGCGAACACUUUUCGGGAUGGGACCACUCUGGCAUUGUUCAUUAAAUCCUCCCUAGCAUAGACGAUUCUUUUCAUUGCCAAGUAGUCCGUUAUUGCAUUUACUACAGGGGGGACCUUAGAUUGCUUCCUCCAGUGAAGUGAAAUACGAGUGGAAUAAAAAGUAUUUCCUUUUCUCAGUCCAAGCCUUUGUUCUCUGUGGAGCCUGGUGCAGGGUACUUGUUCAGAGUUCGCUGGUCACCCUCGAGACCUUUGGUGUUUUCUGUGGUCACAGCCGAUGGUAGAUUACUUAUUUAUGACUUAAAGGUGAGUGUAAAUGUUCACUUCGUUGGUGUCCUGUGGUCAAUUUAGUAAAAGUUUUACACGUGUAAUUCACAAGUGCAGCCACGGGUCUGAAAACAACAACUGCACUUGUAAAUCACACUUGUGAAAGUUUUAUUGAAUUGCCCCCAGAUUAGGUUUGCCUUAGAAAUGUAAAUUUUCAAACGGCACCCCUUACAGUUCGCCCUUCAGCUCCCUUAGCUAAAUUUAGCCUGCGAACACGUUCUCUACUUUCUCCCUCUUCCACGCUGUUCCGCAAAAAUUCCGAAAUUUUUAGUUGAUUUUAUAGUUGUUCAUAACAGUCUUUCAUAACGGAUAUUUCAAUAAUAGGUGAUCUGAGCCCUUUUGCAAGCAUUAUAUAAAUGUGAAUUUAACUAAGUGAAAGUAUUUUUGAAUUGUCCCCAGAUUAGGUUUGCUUUAGAAAUGUAAACUUUCGAAUGGCACCCCUUACAGUUCGCCCUUGGGACGAGGCUGGGCAUUAACUGUUGACGCAAGGGGAAUAGGCGGAGGCGUAUUGAAUUACUGUGAGAAUAUUUAUUUUGUAGAUUAACCGCAUCAACCCAGUUGUCUCAUUGGACGUCACGGCCAAUAAAUCACCAGUCUAUUCACUGGAAUACAACCUUCAAAGGUACCCUUUUUUGGUUUAUUUUCCCCUUCGGCUAUAUUUCAUCCAGUUUUGGUUGGUUGGCGAACUAAAGCCACAGGACACCCACUCAGUCGGAGCUCUGUAGCACAAAGCACCUGGUAGUAUUGCUACUCCCCACCCCUGCCCUGGGCGGAAUGCUUUCUAUCACAGUAUUAGCCCAAGCAUGGCAUCGCUAUCGCUGAUUUAUUUCCCGCCCCUCCCUAAGGCGGAAUGCUUUCUAUCACGGGAUUAACCCAAGCUCUGCAUCGCUAUUUUGCUAUUGGUACCAGGAGCUCCCACCCUGCCCCUACCCAGGUGGAACGUGGGAUAUUGUACAGCUUACAUUAAAUAAAACGAAGCUUUUGCCACGCAGCUUUUGGAAAGUUCCUGAAAGAACGUUAAUGGGCCCUUUGCACAAUACGGUCACAUGGCACAAAAACGCCUUGAUGGAGGGCAAACCGGCAACGCAAUGGGACGUAGAAAAGAUGAAGGAUUAUUAUUUUUCGGAAUGGUGUUUGUCUUUCUUGUCGUUUGCCAUCCAGCAAGGUGUUUUUGUCCUAUCUGAUCGUUUUAUGCCAAGGGCCCAUUAGGUUAGUGCAUUUUGAAAGCCCUUUCUGUAGCCCUAUGUUGCUUUACGUAGCCUUACAGUGCCAUUUCUUUGUGUUUCGUCUUUUAGACGUCAAAUAGUUGCCACCGGAGAUUCUCAGGGACGUAUUAAAAUAUGGCGACUAAGUGAUGACUUAACAAACCAGAGCGCUCGAGAGGAAGAAUUUUUAGCUGUUAUAGCAAAUGACGCACAAACAGAAUAA